AGUAGUGCCCCACAGGCCUACGCCCACUUUUGAUCAAGAUAAACAAGCUAGCUCAGCUAGCUACAAUAUACUAUGAGUGGUAUGUACUGUGUUCAGCUAUGAGAUCGAGAAGGAUGAGAGUGCGCCUAGAGGCAGUUCUGUUAGUACUGGGAGCUCUGGUAUCACGUGGUCAUCUCCAGACAGACGGUGGAUACGAUGUGCUGGACUCUGUACUGCUUGGUUACGACACUCUCCACACACGUCACCUCACACACACCCUCACAGAACGCCCACACACUAGACGAGUACAGUUCUCUUCCCUCGGCAGACAUUUUGAGCUCCAUCUCAGUCCAAGUAGACGAUUGGCUCGCAACUUUGCAGCUUAUUCAGAGACCCCUAAUGGGGAGUUGGAGCGUUUCCAUGUCAACACAAACGAGUUCUAUCAUGGCUACGUACAUGGGGAGGAGGGGUCACGAGUCACAGCCCACUUCUCAGGAGCUGGUGUCCUCUCGGCACUCAUAUCCACACACAAUGAAACCUACCACAUCGAACCCUCCAGUCGUUACCUCACCAAACCACACCCCUUCCACAUGGUUGCCUACAAGGCCUCUCAGGUCCUGGACAGACUGGACUCUGCAAUGCUAGACUACACCGUGGCACCCUCCAUUCCAGUACCAGAGUUGCAUCUGGACAAGUCUAGGUUCCAUUCAACCUCUAACCUGUUUGAUUCCAAUCGUCUCAAACGUCAGUCUGGACCUCGUAUCCGUGACAACUCGUGUCCUAUACUCCUAAUUGCUGACCACACCCUCUUUUCCCUACUCAUGGACAGAGAGAGUGUCGCUAACUACAUGAUCCAACUAGUGUUGAGUGUAGACUCUGAGAUAUACAGACAAACAGAGUGGAUAUUGGACUCCUCCGGCUCUACCCAGGAUAAUAUCGGACUCUUCAUCAAAGGAGUCCUGGUCCACAGUCGUCCCAACAUAACUGCUGCCUCCACUCACUACAAUGUUGAUGAUGAAAACAUUGAGGCUGGAGAACUGCUCAGUCGGAUGAGGUUCUCUGAUUGGAGUGAUUACUGUUUGGCCCACUUGUUUGUGGAUCGUACCUUUGAUUCUGGACUCCUGGGUCUGGCCAACAUAGCCAGUCCCUCUUUCAGUCAGACCGGUGGUGUGUGCUCUACCAGGUUUCGCGACAACGCACUUCCUGGAGCUCCGCAAGUCAUAUACAACACUGGGCUAACGACUCUGCGUAACCGUGGGCAAGUGAUGGUGAUGUCAGAGCUUGUACGAGUGACGGGACAUGAGCUUGGUCACAACUGGGGGGCACAUCACGACCCCUCCAUUUGUGGGGGUGGAUGGCUCAUGAACCAGUUUGCACAAGAUGGCAGUGAACCUACACACACAAUGUUCUCAUCAUGCAGUCGCACUAGUAUAGGGCAGGUGCUGGUAGCCAAGGCACAGUCAUGUUUUGAAACCCUCACAAGCAACUGUGGUGAUCGUCGUGUGGACGAUGGCGAGAUGUGUGAUGUAGGGAACACAGACUCUGACCCCUGCUGCACCAGGGAAUGUACCUUUAAAAACUCGUCAUCAUGCAGUGAUCAGAACUCAGUGUGUUGCCGUGGCUGUCAGGUGGCCCCCACCACAACAGUGUGUCGACUAGAGAGAGAUAUCUCAUUCAACUGUGUUACAAACGCCUUCUGCAAUGGUAUUGACACCAUCUGCCCCUCCUCACCCAGAGCACCUGAGGGCUCUCCUUGUAUCAAUGGCAGAUGUGAUGCUGGUGGAAUAUGUAUAGAUCUCUGUGUGGUUAACGGAAUGACGCCAUGUGAGUGUGUAGACGAGGACGAGUGUCUCCUCUGCUGUAACAAUGGUGGGGGUGUGUGCUCACCAUUGAUCCAACUGAACACAACCACCUCCCUCUCUGAUGGUGCCUCCUGUGCUACAGGAGCCUGUGUCAAUGGAAGCUGUUCAGUCAACACUCAAGAUCAGAUCUCUAGAAUAUGGCAAAUCAUCAUCACUCUGGAUGUCAACGCUUUCAGAGUGUUCCUUAGUGAGAACAUAGUCGGCUGUGUGCUAUUCUUCACUGUGUUGCUAUGGUGUCCUCUCAGUUGCUCCAUUCACUAUUGUUAUGACCAGCCUCUGUGGAGGAAGUUCAUUGGUGAAGGCAAGGAUAGGACGGAUAUGGCGGCGUGGUUUAACGAGCGUAUUGACACCUACAACAAAGCUAUGGAGGCAACUUCCCGGGAGCAAUCACAAGGUCUUGGUGUAGUAGAGGAAGAGAAAGAGCCACUCCUCUCGCCCCUGUCCUUUCCUGUUGAUCCUGUUGAUGAUGGACCACCCCCUAUAUACCACUAGUUACCAUAGAAACACAUAAUCAACCCAAUCAAUCGUUUAAUUGGAACUUUUACGGUGUUAGCACAAUUCGAUUUACAAGUACCCAAAAAACAAUGUAAUUCCAAUAAAAAUUUUUUUACAAUUAUACAGUGUAAUUUUAUUAAUUAAAGUGCAACAUGUAUUGUACUUGUAUAGUUAUAAAAAAUUUGCUCAUGUAA